AUACAAACAUAAAACAACAUGAUGAGCGCCGAGCCACGGCAUGGAGGUCUGCAAGACCAGACCUUUGUUCUGGUCACAGGCGCAAAUAGCGGCGUAGGCUUCUCGAUAUGCUGCCGUCUGGCGGACGAAUUCCUCGCAACACAUCCACCGACGCAGAGCCUGACCGUGAUUUUCACCACGCGGAGCACGAAGAAGGGCAAUGAGACCAUCACCCGACUCCACGAAUACCUUCGCCGGUCGUCGAAAUCGUCGUCCCCCAUCGCCGACCGGGUGACCUUCGUCUCGGAGAAUGUCGAUCUGACCGAUCUGGUCUCCGUGCGAGCUCUCUCGCGGCGCCUGGUGGCCUCGAUGCCGAAACUCGACGCGAUCAUCCUCAACGCCGGCAGUGGGGGGUUCACUGGCGUCAACUGGCCGCAGACAAUCUGGGGCGUGUGCACGGAUCUAGUCCACGCGCUCUCCUGGCCGUGGUAUAAACUGUCGGAAGUUGGCGUGUUGACAAAGCCACAAAUCCAGCAAAGCAAAGAAGGCCAAGACGAACCACCCCUGGGUUUCGUCUUCUGUUCCAAUGUAUUCGGCCACUACAUGCUCGCGCACAACGUCAUGCCUCUGCUGCGGCGCUCGGGCGCGCCCAACGGACCGGGGCGCGUCGUCUGGGUCUCCAGCCUGGAAGCCACGAUCGAACACUUCGACAUCGACGACAUCCAGGGCCUCCGCUCCUCGUUCACCUACCAGUCUUCCAAGGCGUUGACCGAUCUUCUCGCGCUUACCUCCGACCUCCCUUCCACCGCGCCGUGGGUGAAUAAAUUUCUCGCCAUUGACGAUAACCCAGUUACAUCCAAUAAAGAAAGGGAAAAAGAAGAACCAAAAGUCUACCUUUCUCACCCGGGUAUCUGUGCAACGGCCAUCAUGCCGCUCGCCUUACCGCUCGUCUACGCCAUGCUAUUGGCCUUCUGGAUGGCCCGCUUGCUAGGAUCCCCCUGGCACACGCUAUCGACGUACCUGGGCGCCGCGUCGUCCGUGUGGCUUGCCCUCUCGCCGCAAGCGGACAUCGACGCCGCAGAGGAACCAUAUCGAAUGCACGGAGGCGGGCGUCCCAAAUGGGGGUCCGCUUGUGACUGGAUCGGGCGCAGCCGCAUCGCCUCCACGGAGAUCGAGGGAUGGGGGUACGCUGGUGUGGUCGGGGAGCCGGUCGUAGAGCGGGAUCGUGUGCAGCGGCGCAAGCGUGGCGCCACGACUCUCACGCCCGAGGCGAAGGAGCAUUUCGAGGAGUUGGGUCGGAGGUGUUGGCGCGAGAUGGAGGAGUUGAGGGUUCAGUGGGAUGAAAUCCUGGAUCGAGAGGAGGGUUCCUAAAUGAGCGAACGAACCUCUUUCUACUACUCUUCUUCUAACUGUACUAUUUAGUGAACUACUAAUCUACGAGCCCUAAUCUACUACAUAUUAAUAUGACCAC